CCUUGGUGGUGCAGACUGGCUGGACAGCCUCGUCAUACAUAAGAAGAACAUCCUACAACCGGCUGAACACCAUCACAACGAAACGAACCAUCAAUUCACAUUCCGACACGAUCUUUCUAGCAUCAUCCGUCCUUCCCCUCAUCCAUCAAUAUGAAGUCGACUACCAUUCUCUCUGUCCUGAUGGGCAUGACCACUCUCGUCUCUGCACUACCUGUUGCAGACGCCAAUGGCCUUGGCCUCGUCGAACCCAUUGGGCUUGCCAAGCGAAUGCCUCAAAAGAAGAUCGACGCAGUCGACGUUGAGAAGCGUCAAAAGAAGAUCGACGCUGUGGAUGUUGAGAAGAGACAGAAGAAGAUCGAUGCCGUCGACGUUGAGAAGAGGCAGAAGAAGAUUGAUGCAGUUGACGUUGAGAAACGCCAAAAGAAGAUUGACGCCGUAGACGUCGAGAAGCGUCAGAAGAAGAUCGAUGCCGUUGACGUUGAGAAGCGCCAAAAGAAGAUCGAUGCUGUCGACGUCGAGAAACGCGAACCUCAGAAGAAGAUCGACGCCGUCGAUGUCGAAAAGCGCCAGAAGAAGAUUGACGCAGUCGACGUUGAGAAGCGCGAACCCCAGAAGAAGAUCGAUGCUGUCGAUGUCGAGAAGCGUCAAAAGAAGAUUGAUGCUGUAGAUGUUGAGAAGCGCCAAAAGAAAAUCGACGCAGUUGACGUUGAGAAGCGUGAGCCUCAGAAGAAGAUCGACGCCGUCGAUGUUGAAAAGCGCCAGAAGAAGAUCGACGCUGUUGAUGUGGAGAAGCGCUCUCCUCAGAAGAAGAUUGACGCCGUCGACGUUGAGUAAAGCACUACUCUCAUUUUCACAGAUCGUCGGUUCUGUGAACAAUCACGCCCAGCCUACAAGAUUGCUUGGGAUCAUGACUUGGAUGAAUGACGAGGAAUUGGACGACAGACGGUAGUUGACAGAUAUGGUUGGGCAUGAUGUUAGGGUGGAUGCGAGGUAUCUUGUAGCCUAGUCCACUCGUUUGGUCGUACUUUGAGAAAUUGACUUU